AUGAAGUCUCUUCCUGAGGACAUUUUCCAUUCGUAUUGGAACUAUUUGUUUAACGAAGUAGUUCAUUAUCUGCCAAUUAUGGUAGUAGUCUUAAUAAUCGUAGGGUUAGUUUUGUCAAUGGUGCAUUUUCGCGACAGCAAACCUUGCGUUCACGUUCUUGGGGUAUUACUAUUCCUCACCCCUUUCGCUUUAAUAGUUCCUAUAUGCUUUUUCAGGGAACAGCUCGGUGAUCGGAAUUUCCAAAGAAAGCUUUUAGUGGAAGUGAUCACACGCAAACCCGCGGUGAAGGGGAAAGAAUGGAAAACUAUUACAUACAAUAUGAACCAGUAUUUAUUCGUUAACAAUUUAUGGAACACUCCAUACUACUUCUACCGCGACGAAGAUUGCCAUCGUUACUUUCUGAGCCUUAUUGAAGGACACACCUUCAAGAAGCAAGACAAAUCGUCCAUCAACAGUGUCAAGGACGUACAACGCACCGAAUUUUUCACUUUCAGUCCCGGACCUAAUUACCAAGUGUGUCUUUCCAAGGCAGCUGAGAUCGAACAACGAUCUCAGAAUUAUUACUGGCGACAGCAGUAUCCCGGUAUUGGUGCGCUUCUUUAG